AUGCCGCAGUUCGGCCUCAUCGGCGACUCAAGUUUGUAUUGUAAGAACAGCAGCCGGCGAGUGAAGCGGAUUGGGGCCCAGCUGCAAGAGCAGCUGGCAACGAAUGACCUUUGGUACCAUGCAGUGCCCAAUGCGGGCGUUGGGAAAAUCCUGCAGAUGCUGACGGACACGCCUUUGAAGUUCGGCACCUUAGGGAUCAGCUAUUUCGGAAACGACAUCAUGUACGGGAAGAUCGGCCGGCAGGUAAGAGCUGCCUGGGAAGAGUUGAUGGACAUCGUCGAGGACAAGGCCGACCGCAUCGUCUUUGUGGUGGGAGGAAGCUCCAAGAAGUAUGCCAAGCACUGGAAUCUGACUUCCCAUUACGACGAGAACCUCGCGCAAGUGAGGACAUGGCUCCACCGCCGCAAUUUCCUCGUGCGGGACUUCCGCGAGGAGUUGCGCCGGUGGAAGCUGAGUGGCGACGGCCUCCACUGGGAUUCGGAGGUGGCGGAGGAGUUGUGCGCCACAUGGACUGAUCUGCUCAGUCCGACGCGAUGCUUGGCUUGGCCAUUGUACGACCAAGGAAGCAAGCGGCAGCAGCCAUGGGAGUCGACAGCCAGCCGCAGCGCAGGCGUUGCGCGCGAUCACAAUGGCAGUGCGUGGAACAGUCGGCGAGGCCGGUGCGACUACGACGAGCCUGGCUCCAGCUACGGCUACUGGCCUGAUGACGGCAAGCGGCAUUGGCGAGAUGGAGACAGUUACGAAGGUUCCUGCAAGAGGCGCAAGGUUGAUGAUGCCGGAAACGGGCACCAGCAGCCAUGGGAGUGGACAGCCAGCCGCAGCGCAGGCGUUGCGCGCGAUCACAAUGGCAGUGCGUGGAACAGUCGGCGAGGCCGGUGCGACUACGACGAGCCUGGCUCCAGCUACGGCUACUGGCCUGAUGACGGCAAGCGGCAUUGGCGAGAUGGAGACAGUUACGAAGGCGGGUGCGACUACCACGAGACUGGCUCCAGCAACAGCUACUGGCCUGUUCACGGCAGUCGGUAUUGGCGAGAUGGUGACGAUGCAAGAGCCUACUCCACGGCUUCUGCGAAGCCCUGGUGA